AUGGAUGACGAUUUCGAUGAUGGAGAUUAUUACGUCAAGCCGCGCAUGCGCCUCGCAUCUGAGCCGUUCGUUUCGCCAGAAGACCAGCUCGAUCCAGACGCCUCGGUCUCUCGCCCCGUUCUCCUCAUCCUCUGCGGACUCGCCGCCGCAUUUCUAGCGGCGGGAAUCAUGACGUCAGGAUUCCUCCAGUUCGCGCUCAUCUGGAUCGCGCUCGCCCUCGUUAUAGGCCCUCUCGCUCCUAUCACACAGACAGGUGGAGACUGCCGAGUUGGUGUCGGUCCCCCGUUAGAAGAACACCAUCACGCCGAGGAGCAACCAGCAGACGAACCAUCCCCAGCCUCUCGUUACAAGAACACGGUCGCUCGCGAGCCGCAGGAAGCUGAGCUGGCGGAUCUCCCCGUCCAACGCGCCGCAGACGGCGGCGCCGCCAACGGCGGGAGCGCCGCCAGCGCCGCCGCGAGCGAAGGCGUCGACACGAGUGAGUGGACGCGCGAGGAGUGGGACCAGCUUAAGAAGCUUCUCGUGAAGCUUCCUCGCGGGACGACGCAGCGGUGGGAGAAGGUAGCAAAAGGCGUGGGGUCCGGGCGGCGCGCCGUGGACGACGUGAUCCGAUCCGCCAAGGCCGUCGCGCUGCAGAAGCCGUCGGAUCGCGACGCGUACGCCGCGUUCCUGUCGCAGCGCAAGCAACACAAGGGCAGCAGCGCGGGCGCGGGGGGAGCGGGGGGGGCGGGGGGAGCCGAACCCGCGCCCACAAGCAGAUGGGAGGAGGAAGGGAUCGCCCCAGGGGGCGCGGCAGAGGCAGAGGGCAAGGGUGGUGGUAACGCGGUAACCACGUGGACGGAGGCGCAGGACCGCGCGCUGGUGCAGGCGCUGAAGGAGUUCCCCAAGGACACGCCCCUGCGGUGGGACCGCGUGGCCAGUGCUGUGCCGGGGCAGACCAAGCAGCGGUGCUUCAAGCGCUUCUCUGAGCUGAGAGACAAGUUCCGCUCCAAGGGGGGUGACCUCGCAGACUGA